GACAGGAAGCAAACACAGUGGUUAGCAGCCAAAGGCUAUUUAAACUGCUGUUUAAAGUGAUUUCUAACAGGCUUCAGAUAGCUUCAGGAACUUGACUAACAAGGAAAACAAUGACUCUCAAAGUCUAUCCAAACCUUUUGCUCUUAUUCUUGUUCAAUUCUGUGUGGACUCGAACUGUGAGACAAGUUUAUGAUGAGCUGGAUCCUGAGCAUUGGUCUCACUACACUUUUGAGUGUCCACAAGAGUGCUUUUGUCCUCCCAGUUUUCCAAAUGCAUUAUACUGUGAUAACAAAGGACUUAAAGAAAUACCUGCAAUCCCAGCAAGAAUUUGGUAUCUGUAUCUUCAAAACAACCUCAUUGAAACAAUUUCGGAGAAGCCAUUUGUGAAUGCCACUUUUCUCAGAUGGAUAAAUCUGAACAAGAAUAAGAUCACCAACGACGGAAUUGAAAAUGGUGUGCUGAGCAAGCUGAAAAGGCUGCUUUACUUAUUCCUUGAAGAUAAUGAGUUGGAAGAGGUGCCUGCCCCAUUACCAAGGGGCUUGGAACAGCUAAGACUGGCUAGAAACAAGAUCUCCAGAAUCCCAGAAGGAGUCUUUAGCAACUUGGAAAACCUUACUAUGUUAGAUCUGCACCAGAACAAUUUGUUGGACAGCGCUCUUCAAAGUGACACCUUCCAAGGACUCAGCAAUCUUAUGCAACUCAACAUAGCAAAAAAUUCACUCAAAAAAAUGCCUUUAAGUAUUCCAGCUAAUACACUGCAGCUGUUUUUAGACAACAACUCCAUUGAAGUGAUACCAGAAAACUAUUUCAGUACAAUACCCAAAGUGACUUUCCUUAGGCUGAACUACAAUAAAUUAUCUGAUGAUGGUAUUCCUCCAAAUGGGUUUAAUGUUUCAUCUAUUCUAGACCUACAGCUGUCUCACAACCAGCUCACUAAAAUUCCACCUAUCAAUGCUCAGCUUGAGCACCUUCACCUUGAUCACAACAGAAUCAAAAGUGUCAAUGGUACUCAGAUAUGCCCAGUCUCAAUUGCCAUUGCAGAAGACUAUGGUUUUUAUGGUAAUAUACCCCGCCUCCGCUAUCUUCGCCUGGAUGGAAAUGAAAUUCGGCCUCCAAUUCCACUGGACGUCAUGAUAUGUUUCCGACUACUUCAAGCUGUUGUCAUAUAAAGAUAUCACAGUGUCACUGUUGUGCUGUGAGAGUGCUAAGAUACAAGUUUUGCUGGAAUGAAGCUUGUUCUAACUCAUAAAUUAAGAAGUAACAGGUUUCUUUUUGACUAAUUCUUUCUUUCCUUACAACUUUUUUUUUACGGCUGCAGACUGUUCUUCUUUUAGAAUAGAUUUCAGACAUGAAAGGUCUCCCAACAUGAAAUGUGCUUAAUCCUUUGCUUAGGAAUUUCUAAUAAAAUAUAUUGAAAAUCAUCCGGUAUAUCCCAAAUAUUCCAAAGUAAGUUUGUACCUACUCUGUCUUUCUUGUCAAAUCCUACAGUGUCUAUCCGCAUUAACAGCAUUGUUAUAGACAGAUUAUAUUUCUUUACAUUUGUUACACAAUAACUAACAUAAUGACCCUGGGUGCACUAGGCUAAAUAUAUAUAUAUACUACAAAAAUCAUGUGUUACAUGAACAUGAGUUAUCAGAGCUGACACGGCCUUUUUUUAAGAUAGUCACUGCCUAACAGUGAACAGCCACCUAACAGGUAAAUAACUCAUAAACUAUUGUCAUCCUUUGAAAAUGGGAAGCUUUACAUUGAUACUUUUAAGACAUGAAGUGUAUGAGACUCAGGGUCUGAAGCAAUGUACUGAAUACGUAUUGCUGAAUGGAUUCAUUCAACAUAUUAUUUCAAAACUGAAAUACAUUGAUCCAAUUCUAAUCCAUGGAUGAGAGAAUACCUGAUGAAAUUGUGCACUGUCAAAGUCAAUGCCAGUUUUUUCCUGAUUUGUUCUUCAGUAUUCUACUUCUAAUUUUGAUAUCAUUUCUUUCUGCAGCUUUGGGAAAGUCAUUGAACCAAUAUAUUUUGCUUUCCAUAGAGAUAAAAAUGAGAACAAUUCUGAUUACAUAUUUCACCAACUAAAUGCUUCUCAGAAAGUAGAAGAGCUAAUUAAUAUAAUAGUGAUAAAUAGAAAAUUCAUAAAUUAAGGAAUACAACCCUCCCCACAUUAAAUAGAAAUUAUUUAUCAAAAUAGCCAAAUAUUUGCAUAGGAAGUAUAUCAGUUCAGCAAAAUAUACUCUACUCAGGGCAGUAUUUAGCUAUCCACUGACUCAUAUACACACAUAUAACAACACUGGAUUUUAGAGAAGUCCAGUUAUUUAGAGCAUACUACAUUCACAAUUCAGAUAUAACAGAGAUAGCAGCAGGUAUCCUUUCUAUGAAAUCUGGGUUUAUUUUCUAUUUUUAUAAGAUAAGGAUGUCAAUAUACAACUUGAAUUUCGAGUCAACUGUUCACUGGGAAAGUAUGACAUUUUUGUUAUUUCUGACAGCAAUUAUAAUAAACUAUCCAUCAGUCAUAUUAUUUUAGUCUCCUCUAUAUGUGUAGGUAAAAGCAAAUAACUGCUCUUCAAUGGCUUGCACUUAUUUCUAACAUUUUAAGACUGGCCUCAGUAACAAGCAUUUAAAGACUAUGCAUGUGGUAUACUUUUUUCUUAGAAGAUGAAACAUUUUCUUAGAACUAGAUCUUUAAAAGUGCUGAGGAUUGCAAGUUCUAAUAUUCAGAGUCUCUGUCUACUUGAAAAAUCAACCUUAUUCUGCUCCACUGCACUUAUGUAAAUAACCCAUUACAGAAACCCAAUACAGAAAUAAAACGUUCAGAAAUCUUA